CGGCAGAAACCCUCGUAUGUGGUGUCUCUGGUGGGUCUCCGGCGCUGUUCCCCGCUGCCCCCGCGGCCACCGCGCAAAAACCCGCGAAAGAAAAAAUUGCUCGGCGGCUCGGCCCGCCUCUCAAGCCUCGCCUCGCCUCGCCGCCGCGACGACUUGCCGGGGACGCGAGGCUCCGAGGCCUCCGGCGACAUGUACGCCGACACAAUGAAGGGCCACCAACCCAAAGGGUCCACUAUUGACGUCACCCCCGUCGAGAAGCGGCUCGCGGAUGUCUGGAAGAGGUACUUCCCCGAGGAGGCAGGGUUCUCGGAGUCCGACCGCAAGGUCCGCAUUGCCGCCGCGCUGUUUGAAUCCUCCUUCUCCACGGUGGUGAAGGGCCUUCAGUCACGGGUCGAAGAUGAUGGCAGUGACAUUUUAUCUCUUCCGAUUGAUUUCAAGCAGCUUCAGGAGUCAUGCGUGUUUAUUAAAGAUGAACUCGAGGAAUCUCCAAAAGAAGUCUUGCUUUGCAUGGGAGCUGCAGCUCAUCUGGCUUUAUGUUCAGGAAAGAUCAACAAGGUCAAUAUUAGGCUUUACAAUACGGGGGCGACUAUUGCUUUGAAGAAACUAAAAGCAGCCUUUAUCAAGAAACUUGUCACCGUGCGCGGCACUGUUGUAAAAGUCAGCACUGUAAAACCUCUUGUCCUGGAGCUGGAAUUCCGUUGCAUGAAGUGUGGUAAAGAAAACCCACGAGUGUUCUGUGAUGGGAAGUUUUCACCUCCAAUGUCCUGUACCAUUCAGGGAUGCAGGAGCAGAACCUUCACUCCAGAUAGAUCUAGUGCAAAGUUGAUGGAUUUCCAGAAAAUAAGGCAGGAGCUUGUUAGUGCUGACAACCAUGAAGAAGGCCGAGUGCCACGAACAAUUGAGUGUGAGCUUACAGAAGACCUCGUUGAUUGUUGCAUCCCUGGAGAGAUAGUAACGGUAACUGGAAUCGUCAAAGUACUGAACAAUAUGGAUGUUGGAGGAGGGAAGUCCAGAAGCAAGAACCAGGGUUUAUACUACCUGUACCUAGAAGCAGUUUCAGUGAGAAACCUGAAGACCUGUGCUGUUUCAGACGAAGAAAUUCGGGCUAGAGGAAUUUGUGAUUUUCAGAGCAAUACUGAAAGGGAUCGUGAUUUUGCUGUCAAUUAUAAAAAAGAACAUGGUGCUGAUGUAUUUCGCCAAAUACUUCAAUCCUUUUGUCCCUCCAUCUAUGGGCAUGAACUUGUAAAAGCUGGUAUCACACUUGCUCUUUUCGGCGGUGUGCAGAAGAACUCAAUGGAUCAAGACAAGGUCCCUGUUAGAGGAGACAUUCAUGUUGUUGUAGUUGGUGAUCCAGGCCUAGGCAAGAGCCAACUCCUUCAAGCUGCAGCAGCUGUUUCCCCACGAGGAAUAUAUGUAUGUGGGAAUACUACGACAAAGGCUGGCCUAACUGUUGCUGUGGUUAAAGAUUCUAUGACAAAUGAUUAUGCAUUUGAGGCUGGUGCAAUGGUCCUUGCUGAUCGUGGAAUAUGCUGUAUUGAUGAGUUUGAUAAAAUGUCUGCAGAACAUCAGGCUUUACUUGAAGCCAUGGAGCAGCAAUGUGUUUCUGUUGCAAAGGCUGGCCUUGUAGCCAGUUUAUCAGCUCGUACCUCUGUGUUGGCAGCUGCAAAUCCUGUUGGUGGUCAUUAUGACCGAGCAAAAACAGUGAAUGAGAAUCUAAAGAUGAGUGCUGCCCUCCUGUCUCGUUUUGACUUGGUUUUUAUUCUACUUGACAAGCCAGACGAGUUACUAGAUAAAAGAGUGUCAGAUCAUAUAAUAGCUCUUCAUACCAACGAAGGUGAUAAUUUCAAAUCCAACAAGAGGAUCAGAACAGUGUCACAUAAUGGUGAUCCAGGGUUUGGAGUUGUUGGGAAUUCAGUGGCUUCAAGACUGAGACUACACCCAGAGAAAGAUAAGGAUUUCGCUCCAUUAGCUGGGCAAUUUCUUCGCAAGUAUAUAGCUUAUUCAAGAGAACAUGUAUUCCCUAGAAUGUCAAAGGCAGCAGCUGAAAUUUUGAAAAAAUUUUAUUUGGGAUUGAGAAACCGCAGCACUUCUGCUGACGGUACACCCAUCACAGCCAGGCAGUUGGAAAGCCUAGUCAGAUUAGCUGAAGCUCGUGCUCGCGUGGAUCUAAGAGAAGAAGUGACCAGAGAAGAUGCUCAGGAUGUUGUAGAUAUCAUGAAGGAAUCUCUCUAUGACAAAUAUGUUGAUGAACAUGGUUUUGUCGAUUUUGCUCGGAGCGGUGGGAUGAGCCAACAAAAGGAGGCAAGGACGUUUCUGAAUGCGUUAAACAAGGAAUCUGAGUUGCAACGAAAAGAUUGCUUUUCAAGAACUGAGAUUUACAACUUAGCUGAUAAGAUCAGCUUGCGAGUUCCAGACUUAGAUGCUCUUGUUGAUAAUUUGAACAGUCUCGGUUACCUUCUGCUAAAAGGAGGGAUGUAUCAGCUGGUGACUGCGUCAUAUUCACAGUGCCAGCCAACAAGGUCAAAAUGAUGUAUGGCAUGGAGAUGGAGGCUAUCUGUAUCCUCAUGGCCGUGCCUUUGCUGCCUGCGUGCUGUGAUGUACAUGUGAAUAAGGUAGACGAGUCGCAGGAUGGCCGCUAACUUUGAUAGCUUGGUGUAUAUGCCAUGGUUUCGCUACAAUGUUUAUCCCAGAGCAGUAGCUGUGGCCAUUACAGUUGUGCAUAGAUUUUUGUAGUUUGCUAAUUUAACAUCCAGAGUUACAGAUGAUAUAUUUUUGCCCGCGUUACACUAUCCAAUUCUCUAGUGAUCCAGCAUGCUGGAACAUCGUUAUUGCUGACGAUUUUUGUGCUCUGAGUUGCUA